GCGCUGGCCAAUGAGGAGCGUGCGUCUUGGCGCUGCGCGCAGGCGCGCAGGGGCGGGUGGCCGCGGAUUCAUGUGGAGGAGGGAACUCCAAAAGGAAAGGCUGGACCCGGAGGUGUGAGAUGGCCGCGAAGGUGUUUGAGAGCCUGGGGAAGCUCGGCCUGGGGCUGGCGGUUGUAGGAGGAGUUGUGAACUCGGCGCUGUACAACGUUGAUGCAGGCCACAGAGCUGUCAUCUUUGACCGAUUCCGUGGGGUCCAGGACGUGGUGGUAGGAGAAGGCACCCACUUCCUCAUCCCCUGGGUGCAGAAACCCAUCAUCUUCGACUGCCGCUCCCGGCCCCGGAACAUUCCCGUGAUCACGGGCAGCAAAGACCUUCAGAACGUGAACAUCACAUUGCGUAUCCUGUUCAGACCAGUGACUGCCCAGUUACCCCGCAUCUUCACCAGUAUUGGAGAGGACUACGACGAGCGUGUGCUGCCCUCAAUCACAACUGAAAUCCUCAAGUCUGUUGUGGCUCGCUUUGAUGCUGGAGAAUUGAUCACUCAGAGAGAGUUGGUGUCAAGGCAAGUGAGUGAGGACCUCACGGAGAGAGCAGCAACCUUCGGGCUCAUUCUGGAUGAUGUGUCCUUGACUCACCUGACCUUUGGCAAGGAGUUCACAGAGGCUGUGGAGAUGAAGCAAGUGGCCCAGCAAGAAGCAGAGAGAGCGAGAUUCAUUGUGGAAAAGGCUGAGCAGCAGAAGAAAGCGGCUGUGAUCUCUGCUGAGGGAGACUCCAAAGCAGCUGAGCUCAUUGCCAACUCGCUGGCCACUGCAGGCGAUGGCUUGAUCGAGCUGCGCAAGCUGGAGGCCGCUGAGGACAUCGCCUACCAGCUCUCACGGUCCCGCAACAUCACGUACCUGCCCUCUGGACAGUCUGUGCUCCUCCAGCUGCCGCAGUGAGCCCGGGCACCUCUGCCUCCCAGAUCAGCCCUUUCCAAAAGAGUCUGUGCAAUUUCCUCAUUGGUAGAAAGAGAGGAAAUGAAAAUUCAACCCAUUUUGAAUUCUUAAUCAAAUAAAACCGCCCGCUCUUGAGAACA